UUAAUAUAAUCAACCAAAUAAUAAUUAUUGCUUAAUUAGAAGCUUCACAUAAUCCCCACUUGUCUUCACAUUGUUGCAAUUGAUUGUGCAGUCUCAUUGAAUAUCCGCAGAUUAAAAUAGUUAAUAGAACCUUGGAUUAAUAGGUGAAGUAUAUUGAUCAUGAAGGAAAUUGAACGGAAGCAGGGUCUAAACACUAAGCAAGCAAAACGUGCGGUAAAGACGGAGAAAAAAGAAUACAAACAGCAGGAAAAGAGUACUGGCAAAACAUCGAAAGCAAAAGAGACUGAUCAUAAAGCUUCACUUCCUAGACCAGAGUCCAGUGUCUUAGUAAGUGACCCAAACACGGGCACAGAGCCCAUUGAAGUUUAUGAAAAUGUGGUUAUAGAUUAUGUCGAUGAUGUCUACAAGUCGGAGGAAGCAACUCAGCAACCAAAAUCACGUAAAAUGGUUGACAAACAUGGCAAGGAUAAAAUCAAUGAUCGUUCUAGUGAUAUGGAGAGUGAACCCAAAGAGGGAGUGGAAGAGGAAUCAGAUGUUGAGACGAUAAAUGAUUCAGUUUCAUCUCAAGGAGAUCCACUAAUAGCUGAAGAUGAAAAUGUAGAAAGAGCUUUGGCUGUAAAGGUCUCUAGAAAGCUUGCAAAAACUGAAGGGAAUAAUUCUUCCCAGGUACAACGAGCUAAAUCUGAUCAGAAAGCAAACAAAUCACAGAGUAAGGCAUCAAAAAGUACAGCAAGCAAAGCCAAAGCACCUAAAAAGGAUCCAUCUAAAAUGACAUCCAAGAGUGUCAAUGAUAACUCUAAAAAUAUGAAAGUCCAUCCCAAAUCUCUAUCAGAUUCCUCAGAAGAAGGUGAUGAAAAACUUGUUAAAGAGGUAGAACAAGCAGACAUUUUGGAUGGGACUUCAGUUAGUGCUCAAAGUAUUGGAAGUGAUGAUGAAACAGUCAACACCGAGGAUAACUGUGAGCAAGAACAUAAAGCAGUUUUAGAACAAAAGAUUGGAGAAAUGGAAUCAAGGCUUGAGAAACUUGAGGAAGAGUUGAGAGAAGUUGCUGCCCUUGAAAUUGCUCUUUACUCUGUGGUAUCUGAGCAUGGAAGUUCUGCACAUAAGCUGCACACACCUGCCAGGCGCCUUUCUAGACUCUAUCUUCAUGCAUGUAAAUACUGGUCUCAAGACAAACGAGCUACAGUUGCUAAAAACACUGUUUCCGGCCUUGUAUUAGUGGCCAAGUCAUGUGGUAACGAUGUGGCAAGGUUAACAUUUUGGCUGUCAAAUGCUGUUGUUCUGAGGGUAAUCAUUUCUCAAGCAUUUGGAAGUUCCUGUAGCUCAAGCUCAUUGGUAACAACUAUCGAGCCAAAUAGAAGAGGAAACAAAACUGAAUCAAAGGUUUCCUCUUUAAAAUGGAAGACACAUCCAGGAAGCAAACAGUCAAGUAAGAAUGACCUCUUGAAGUUGUUUGAUGAUUGGCAAGAAACAAGAACUUUUACAGUUGCUUUAGAGAGAGUAGAAUCCUGGAUUUUCUCGCGGAUCGUUGAAUCAAUAUGGUGGCAGACCUUCACUCCCAAUAUGCAAUCUCCUACGGAUGAUCCAAUGACAAGCAAAUCUGUUGGGAGGUUAUUAGGGCCUGCUUUGGGUGACCAGCAGCAAGGGAACUUCUCCAUUAACCUAUGGAAGCAUGCUUUCCAGGAGGCUUUGAAGAGACUAUGUCCUGUACGAGCUGGAAGCCAUGAAUGUGGUUGCUUGCCUGUUUUGGCUAGAAGAGUGGUUGAACACUGUGUUGCCAGACUGGAUAUUGCUAUUUUCAAUGCAAUUCUUCGUGAGUCAGCUCAUGAGAUCCCAACUGAUCCCAUAUCUGAUCCAAUAGUUGACUCCAAGGUGUUGCCUAUUCCAGCCGGAGAGUUGAGUUUUGGGUCCGGUGCACAACUGAAAAACUCUGUGGGAAAUUGGUCAAGAUGUCUUACUGAUUUGUUCGGUAUGGACGCUGAAGAUUCUGGGAAGAAUGAUGUUGACGGCUCUGGAGAUGAUCAUAGAAAAGGUGGAAAUCAACUAGAACAUUUCUAUCUUCUCAAUUCCUUAAGUGAUCUUCUCAUGCUUCCCAAAGACAUGCUCAUGGACCGCACGAUCAGAAUGGAGGUAUGCCCAUCUAUCAGUCUUCCAUUGGUUAAGCGAAUACUCUGCAACUUCUCUCCAGAUGAGUUUUGUCCUGAUCCUGUCCCUGGUGCUGUAUUAGAAGCUCUCAAUGCUGAGUGCAUCAUAGCACGUCGAUUAUCAGGAGGAUACUCUUCAAGCAGCUUCCCGUACCCUGCGGCCCCAGUUGUAUAUACACCUCCUGUUGCUGUGGACGUUGCAGAAAAAGUUGCAGAAAUUGAGGGGAAGUCUCACCUAUCUCGAAGUGCUUCUGCUAUACAAAGGAAGGGAUACACAAGCGAUGAGGAACUGGAGGAAAUAAAUUCUCCUCUUGCAUGUAUUAUUGAUAAAAUGGCAUCAUCACCAGCUUCUACAGAAAAUGGAAAAGAUAAAGAGAAGGAAGAAAGAGGUUCGAUUGGAUCAAAUACGAGGUAUGGACUUCUUCGUGAGGUUUGGAAGGCAGCAUAAUUGAGAGGACUUUGAAUUAUACAUACUUGUGAAUUUUCAUGUUAUAGAGGAAGAGAAGAAGUGGAAAUGAAUUUCAGUAGAUAGUGUUGAGAGCUUUACAUGUUCCAAUUCAUAAUUAAGGAAGCUUAUGUGUAUAUUGAAAUCCAUAUCUGAGAAAAAGUAAAGAAAGAAUUUGAUUGUUUUCUUGCAAAGUAAGUGAAAAGUUGUUUUGUGUUUGGAUUGGAUGAGACUCAAAUUGUAUAAGCAGUUAAAACCUAUGGAUAAAGGGCUGGUUUUUGCAAGUUA